AUGAAGGCAAUAUUAUUCAACAACAUAGGGGUGCUAUCCUCAAGGCCACCUCCAGCUACUUGUUUAUUCUCCAUCAGUGGAGGGGAGCCAUCAUCAUCACUAGUUGUAUCAAAAGCCUCUACACCAAAUCCAACUACUAUCCGACGUUCAGGGAAUUACAAACCUACUAUGUGGGACUUUCAAUAUAUUCAGUCCGUUAACAAUCGUUACGCGGGAGAUAAUUAUAUGGAGCGGUUAGACAAAGUGAAGAAAGAAAUGAAGAAGAAUUUGAUGAUGAUGGUUGAGGGAUCAAUAGAAGAAUUAGAUGUUAAGUUGGAGUUGAUUGAUAAUUUAGAAAGGCUUGGAGUGAGUUACCACUUCAAGAAUGAAAUUAUGCAAAUAUUGAAGAGUGUACGUGACCAAAUUAGCUGUAGUGAUAAUUCAUUAUACUCUACAGCCUUGAAGUUUAGGCUCUUGAGACAACAUGGCUUUCAUAUCUCUCAAGAUAUAUUCAACAAUUUCAAGGACGUGAAUGGUGAUGUGAAGCAAAGUAUUUGUAACGACAUAAAAGGAUUGUUAGAAUUAUAUGAAACAUCUUUUCUCUCUACGGAAUCAGAAUCUGAAACCACUUUGAGAAAUGUCACACGAUUCACAGAGGCACAUCUAAAGAAUUAUGUUUGCAAUCAUUCAUGUGGAGAUCAAUACAAUAAUAUAAUGAUGGAAUUAGUGGUACAUGCCUUGGAACUUCCAAGACAUUGGAUGAUGCCAAGAUUAGAAACAAGGUGGUAUAUUAGCAUUUAUGAGAGAAUGUCAAAUGCUAAUCCUCUUUUGCUGGAGCUUGCUAAGUUGGACUUCAACAUUGUUCAAGCAACACACCAACACGAUUUGAAAAUUCUAUCAAGGUGGUGGAAGAACAUAUGCCUGGCAGAAAAAUUAUCAUUUUCAAGGAAUAGGCUGGUGGAGAAUUUGUUUUGGGCUGUGGGGACAAAUUUUGAGCCUCAACACAGCUACUUUCGAAGAUUGAUAACGAAGAUCAUUGCUUUUGUUGGAAUCAUAGAUGACAUUUAUGAUGUUUAUGGCACACUUGAUGAGUUGGAACUCUUCACUCUUGCUGUUCAAAGAUGGGAUACAAAAGCAAUGGAAAAUCUUCCAGAUUAUAUGAAAGUAUGUUAUCUUGCACUCAUCAAUACCACAAAUGAAGUGGCGUAUGAGGUUCUCAAAAAACAUGACAUCAACGUCCUACCCUACCUUACAAAAUCAUGGACAGAUUUAUGCAAAUCAUACUUACAAGAAGCAAGAUGGUACUACAAUGGAUACAAGCCAAGUCUAGAAGAAUACAUAGAUAAUGGAUGGAUCUCAAUUGCAGUUCCAAUGGUAUUAGUGCAUGCAUUGUUCCUUGUCACAAAUCAAAUUACCAAAGAGGCCUUGGAUUCCUUAACCAAUUAUCCUGACAUUAUUCGAUGGAGUGCUACUAUUUUUCGUUUCAACAAUGAUUUGGGGACAUCUUCGGAUGAAUUGAAAAGAGGCGACGUUCCCAAGUCAAUUCAGUGUUACAUGAACGAAAAGGGUGUUUCAGAAGAAGAAGCAAGAGAGCACAUACGAUUUUUGAUAAAGGAGACAUGGGAAUUAAUGAACAGUAGUGCUCACAAGGAAAACUCCCUAUUUUCUGAAACAUUUAUUGAAAUAGCAAAGAAUAUUGCAAGAACAGCACAUUGUAUGUAUCUGAAAGGAGAUAGCCAUGGAAUUCAAAAUACUGAUAUUAAAAGUAGCAUCUCCAACAUACUCUUUCACCCUAUCAUUAUUUGAACUAAGACAAGGAAUUAUUACCCUUUUAUUUUAUUCUUAAACAAGAAUAUACAUAUGUUAAAUAUAUUUG